AUGUGGUCCAAGGCGCUGGUCAAACAUGCGGAGAUGGUCUUCCAGUCGCUCUCCCCCAACACUCCACUCCCCCAGAUCCGCGCGGCCAGCAACACCACCCACGCUCGCCUCAUCUUCAACGACUCCGCUGCGGCGAAGGCCAUCCUCGAGGAGUCCAUCCGAGCUGGCCCACGGAUUACUCUGGGCUCGGAGUCUGUGCCGCUUUCCCUUCAAUGGGACCGGUCACCCGACAAGCGUGUCUGGGGAUGGAUGAUCUCACAGUUAUGGAAGAAGCUGGAGCAGCACAUGGCGUCCAAAGGCAUCCAAGGCCAAGUCGGGUGUCGCCGCGGCAAGGGUGAGGUAUUCAUCGACAUUGGCGGCAUGGGGCAGCUGAUCACGAUCUACACGGUUCUGGAUGGUGAGCUUAGCUGCCCCGGCUUGGCAUCUGGCAAGGCGGGCCCUGGGAUCGCGACCUGGCACGACCGGACUGCGGCAGCGGCCGUGCUGCGCUUCGGCAGCCGCUGGGAGGCCUGGGCCCGUCGGCCCCCCGCUGGGGCGAGCCGGCCCCGGCCCUGCGGCGUCGACGCGUAUCGGACGGUCUCCGCCGACCUGACCAGGGGCACGACGCUGGGCGGCCUGCUCACGGUGGUGGCGUACGCCGUGAUCGCCGUCGUGCUCGUCGCGGAGCUGCGGGACGUCGUAAGACCUGAUCGUAGCACACGGGUUGUCAUUGACAGGGAUAGGGACGAGGCGAUGCGGAUUGAAUUCAACAUCUCUUUGUUCGACCUCCCGUGCAAGUACCUGAAACUUGGCGCGUGGGACAAGUACGGAAAAGACCGGGUUAUUAGCAAUGGCUCUUUUGAGUAUUUCCCCUUGGGCAGCACGGGAGAUGUUGUCGGCUCCGCUUACACCGCGGAGGAGAUCGCGCUACUGGAGCAGGCCGACGUGGCAGCGGACCUCACAGACGCCGAGAUCGCCGAGGUGGAUGCCGACUGGUCUUCGAGCAGUGAUCAUUUCAAGCACCAAGACUUUUGGGCAGCGGUGACCUUUCACGAUUUUACCUUGGUGAAUUUCUAUGCCGAGUGGUGUGUCCAUUGCAGGCAGUUUCAUCCUAUGUGGAUGGAGGCAACGAGAAGGAUUAGCGAGAAUUUGCAUUUUACAGACGGCAGUGGGCGUUCAUCGACGGUAAAGUUCCUGAAGGUGAACUGCGUGGACUUCGGCGAGCACUGCACGGCGGCCAGGAUACAGAGCUUCCCGACCCUGCGGCUAUACAAGCGAGAUGGCACCUUCGAGGCCUUCCAGCAGCACCGCACCAUCGAAAAUAUCAUCAGCUUCCUGACCGCGUCUGUCAGGAAGAGCCACAUGAUUACGGCCCAGCAUCAUACGAUCUUCAGGGAGGGCUGCAGGGUCGCCGGUCACAUCGACGUUCCUCGCCUGCCGGGCGCCUUCCACCUCCAGGCGGAGCCUUUUGCUGCUGGGCUCGAGCUCAAUCCCGCUCUCACAAACGUGUCACACAUGGUGAACCACCUCGCCUUCUGCUCCACGGAGAGAUCCUGUGGGGUUGGCUGGCUGAGGUCUGUGACGGGGAUCCCGUUCAACAUGAAGCUGCACGUCAUGCCUAUGAAUGCCAAGGCCUUUACGGUGCAGCACUUCCAUGAAGCGCCCGAGCACUACAUGAAGGCGAUGAGCGUCAAACUGAAAGACGAGCCGGUCAUCUAUCAGGUGACGCACACAAGCAGAACGCGGAGGCUCGCGAACAAGAGCGUUGUGCCCAAGGCGAGGCACGGUGGCCGAUGUACGACUUCUCGCCCAUGA